AUGGAAAAAAAUUUAAAAAAACAAAAUGAUUGGGAACAAAAAGAUGCUAGAAUUUUCAUUAGUUCAGCGCUAGUUGCGACAGAUCAUCAAUCUGGUUAUGAGGUGGAAGAAUUCGUGACCGAUUUAGGUAAUCCUGAAAGGGUUCUUAACAGGUUGAGGGAUAUUGUAAAUUUUCCCUCAAUGUCAUGUGAUGCGGGACUUAAUCCUAGGACGUUGGUGCAACGUAAUUCUUUUGCUGAUAAUCAAGUUAGCGCGGAAGAAUUAUUGAGAAAGGAACGAUAUGCUUUUAUUCCGUCUUCGCUAGGAAUAUUUUUCUUGAUAAUAGUACGUCUUCUCACAGAAAUCUUACGUCGUAUCAAAGAAGCAUCUAUCAAUGAAACUAUGCAUAAAAUUGCUGAUGAUUUACAAAAAUUAAAGACUCAAUAUCAACAAUCCAUUCAACAACAACCAUUGUCUGCCACUUCAACGGACCCAAGGAAAAUGAAUAAUAAGUAUAAAUUGUUAAAUAACGGACGUAUUAACUUAAUUGAUGGACAAGAUCCAAAUAAGAAAGAAUUGAUUUCAAGAUUGAAUUCAUUAAAUCAUUAUAAAGACCUAGCCAGAAAAGUUGACGCGACAAGACUUUAUAAUCCUCCCGGUGAACUAUCAAAUUUUGACAAAAGACAUGAUAAUGAUUUCGAAGAAAUUUCAAAAAUCUCG